AUGGCCCAGGAGAUUGGCGAGGCGCUGGCCAGGUUGCUGCGGGAGCGGGGUCCCAUCGGCAGCGCGCUCGACAAGUUCGAGCGCAGCUCCAGGCUUAGGAGAGAGUACAUCGUUUACGGCAUCGGCGGCAUUGUCCUUUUUAUGUUCACUAUGAACGUGAUGGGAGCUUUUCUGACGCAACUAAUCACGACAACCUGGGGCAUGCUUGGGAGCAUUCGAGCCCUCGAGAAGCGGGAGCCUGCGAGCAUGCAAAAGUGGACGUCUUACUGGCUCAUCUUCGCUAUUCUCAACGUGUUCCUCGGUGGCAUCACAAAUCUUCUUGGGCAAUACUUUCAAAAAAUAUACUUCCUGAAGUUCCUGCUGCUGUGCUGGUGCGCGUGCCCCCUGGAGAGCAACGGCGCCGACUACCUGUACGGCUGGAUCCUCGCGCACCGGCUCUUCCGGCCGCUCGUGCACAACAUGGGGCCGCCCAAGAAGGCGCACGCGCCCCCCUCGCAGGGUGACGAGAAGUCCGGCGACGUCGGACGCGCCCUGCCCCCGCGCAUCGAGAAGGCGCGCAAGUGA